AUCUUUGUGAACGGCCGAUGGAGACAUUUUAAAAUAAACACACAGCUAGCCGCCAACGGCUAACAGGGCUCGCAAAGCUGCGAGCGCACUGCGCCAAAACACCUUCAAAUUCUGCCAAGUUCCCCCGAAGUGAAGCGCAUUUUGCACGGGGGCGUUUAUGCAUCGAAAACCCAAGAGGCCACAAAUUACCGAAGAUGUGGAAAAGUCUGACGCGAGGAGAAGAAGAUUAGAAGUAACGCCGCGCAGGUGAGCUCCUGUCCAGGCACAUUGGUCCAUGUUUGUUGGACCUUUGGGCUCUGGGCUCAACUAGGAUGAAGAUGGCUGAUUCAGAGAAGGCCGAGGAAUUUGUGGAUGCUGAGUGCCCCUCAGAGUGCCUUGAUGAAGCACAAUCAGCCACGGCUUCUGUUCAGGGAGACCAGGACGAACAUCUGAAAACAGAGACCACCACUAGUACCAGCUCACCACCAGGGGAAAAAGAGGGAGACAGCCCCUUGAAUACAGAGGGUGAGCAGAGUCUCCUCUCCAUGCCAUGCCUGAUGAAAGAGCUCCGCAGAGACUCCCCGGAGUCCCAGCACGCCUCUACAGAAAGCGACAAGCCCGUUUCCCAUCAUAUCUAUGAGAGUGACUCCUCAAACCCCUGCAUGCUCUCCCCCUCAUCCAGCGGCCACCUUGCUGACUCAGACACACUCUCCUCAGGGGAAGAAGGUGCUGCUCCUCCUGCAGGCGAAGAGGAAGAGGGCAACAUGGAAGCUGUAAAUGAUUCUGGGCAGGCAGGAAGAAAGCAAGCAUCUGCCACGGCGGCGGGGGGGAGGAAGUCUCGGCGGUCACGUUCCGAAAGCGAGAUGCCUCCCAAUGCCAUGGCGGCAAAGAAGAAUCGUUGCCAGCCCACUGUGGUAGCAGCAGGAGGACAUGAAAAACAAACCAACGGCAAGCUGGGAAAAGUGAAAGGUCAUCGGAGCCAGAAACACAAGGAGCGCAUGCGUUUGCUGAGGCAAAAACGAGAGGCGGCAGCACGGAAGAAGUAUAACCUGCUGCAGGACAGCAGUACGAGUGACAGCGAGCUCACGUGUGACUCCAGCACCAGCACCUCUGACGAUGAGGAUGAUGACACUUCAGGAGGUAGCAAGACAAUCAAGACAGAUAUUCCAGACGGGCCUCCAGUAGUGGGUCACUAUGAUAUUUCAGACACUGAUUCUAACCAGGAGAGUAUGAGUGUGGAGACAGUCCGGCCCACGGUGAUAAAGCAUGAGCUAAAAACACACAGAGGCCAGGAUAUGGCAGCUUACUCUGGGUGUGUAAGAGCUCUGAGCUCUAUCUCAGGCCACGUGGAGGCAGAGCUGUCGCACAAGAGUUCUCAACACAAGAGCCAGAUUAACAUUGCUUCCUCUGACAGCGAGGUGGAAAUAGUCGGCGUGCAAGAGAAACCAAGAUGUGCCCACCCGUGUGGAGGUGUGAUUAAGAGUCUGUCCUCCUGGAAGGAGAGCUCCGUGGAGCAGUUAAACAGCACAAAUCAACCCCAGCUCUGGACUACUGUUUCCCCUCAGCCUAACUGGGUGUCCCCUCCUGAAGUGGUGGACCUCACGCUGGACGAGGACACCGGACACAAAUACCUACUUUAGACGACUUGUACACUGAAGACUCCUUGUUUCUUCCUCUCACUCCUGAUCCUCACCCGUCUCACCUCGCCUCCAUGUUAUGGCUGAAAUCCUUCCUUGAGUUGCAGCCUCGCCUGUAACCGCUUGUGAACUCUAUCAGCUCCAGAGCACUGUUUGUUUGUGUUUUUUAACUUACUGUUGAACAAUCAUGUGUAUCAAAGCCAUUCUGCUGACGUAAUUCCCCGGCCCUGGCUUGUCAUCUAUGAAAUUAGUUGUAAUAAAAUGGCACAGCCCUUCCAGUGCAGGUGGAAACAUACGUUAAGAAUGAUAUAUUUGUUAAUAAUAGCAAUAUCCUCCCUUCAUUUGAUACCUCAGUUACCCCUUUAUAAAGGAUGUAGGUAGUCACUUUGUGUUGUGUGCUUGCAAGCUCUACAGUUAAAAACUUCAUUUUGCUGCUUGAAAGCGGGUCAAUAUCACAAUGUUGCUGUUGACCCGUUUUACAACAGACUCUUGAACAGAAUAUUUUUCAGACUGGAUUCGGCAUUUUAUCUGCACUCGCCUGCAGUCAAGACAAAAUGGCAGCUGGUACACUUUCUGUUGUACAGUAGACUAUGGACAAGAACAUUUGUUUCUGUCUACGGUCAGUUUUGUUUUCAAAAGUCUCACCACUGGUUUCAUAUUUAGUUCUGCAUUGAUGGCUUUGCUUUAUUAUACAGUGCCCAGCAACACAGCCUGUACUCUGAUGACCUGUCAAGUAGUGUUAAGGUUUUGCUUUGUGUUGAAGAAAUUCUUUCAUCAUCAUUCAUUUUCUUGCCAAGAAUUAAAUGAGAUUGGUGUCAAUCUUAUAUCUCUUUGUUAAAUAUAGAGCUGCAGCCAGCAGCUGGUUAGCUUAGCUUAAGACUGGAAACCCGGGGAACAGCUCGGCUGCGUCCGAAGGUAGCAACCAUCACAGGUUCACGGUCUAUGCUAAGCUAUGAUAACUAGCUGCCAGCUUAGUUUUCAAUAGACCGGCAGUGAUGAAGAUUUUCUCAUGUAGUGUGAACUCUCCACCAAAAAGCAAUUAAGUAAAUUUCUCAAAAUGUUUCUUGCUUUAAAGUCACAGCUUUUAUUUCCAUUACUGUUACAGUUCACUUUUCCUUCUUGCUGUUAACAAACAGAAUCACUGGUUACACUCAGACUCUGAGGGGGAAAAACAAUACAAGCACAUUUGUCACAGACACACUACAAGAUAGGACUCAUUUCCACUGCAGCAGUACAAUAUGUGGCGAUGGUGUGUGUUUGGCAAUAGAACGUCUGAAUCUUCUGUUUCGAGACAAGAGUUCACGUUGGACGCCACGUCUGCUGCAGAGCAACGUUUAGUUCUCAGUGAAUGUAUGACUCUGCAGUGCCGACUGGAUGCACUUCACUGUUUGCAUGCCCACUCUGAGUGAAUGCAAACACCUUUAAACCUCUGGGGACCCCUUUAUAACAACUGAGGAAAAUGUAUCUUCCAUUGAAUACUGCAAAGCAAGAUGGCCUGAAUGCCUUGAAAUGUGCACUAUUUUUCUUUUUAGAAUGGUAUAAAGCUUAUUCUUUUACCUAAUAUAAAGCAGUGGAUUUUUUUGCUAUCUCAACAAUAAAUAUUUUAAUAAUAGAUGUGAAUAUAGCACACGUAUAAAAAAAAAAAACUAUUAGAGGUGGUGUUGAGUUUGUGCCCACGUGUGUGGGGCGUUUAUAGAAGAGACAUUUUAGUGUAUGAACUGUUCUUACCCUGAUGCUCAGGGCCUGCUUGCUCUCUUUUCCCUGUGGUCUUAUUUUUGUCAUCAUGCAGUACCGCAGCCAUGCCGGUAAAUUUGUAUUUUUUUUUUUAAAACUAAAAUCCAACUUCAUACACUGUUUUAACACUUGUUUUAUUGCACAUCUACUUAAUAUAAGUGAUGCUUGAGAACUAUAGAGUCAUUAUUUUAACGUCCGCUGGUCACAGAAAAGGGAAAAUCCUAAUUCUUAGGAACUAAACCAAAGUUUAAAUGGAAUAUGUUUUCACUUUGUUUGUUUCCCAAUUUAAAAAUUGCCUCUAGUUUAUUCAGUUUAAAUUUACUCUGUACUUUUUAUUUUGAAGUCGGUGCAAUUUGUUCAAGAUAGAGUUUAUUACAAUGUGAUAUUUUGUUCCAUUGGCCAGUUGCUUUGUUUUUCCACUAUAUGCAGCUACUACUGUAGUGUUGAUUAUUUUACAGACCACUUCUGCUUGCAAAAUCCAUGUUGCUAUUGUUCCUUAUAGGAUUAUUAUGAGAUGUUAGUGAGACGUUGCUCAUGUCUUUAGAGGUU